CACCACCAUCGCUGCCAUCCAUCACCACGCCUCGAGAGGUCCCUUCUCCGAGGGUCCCUCAUCCCUCGACUCCACCGGCAGAGCUCGCUUCGCUUCCAGACCCAUCCCGGGCCGCCCCAUCGAGGGUUGGCCGGCUCGGGACAGCCCCGGGAAGCUCCAUCGCUGAUCGCUGCCCCCGCGUCCCCCCGAGGAUGAAGAACCGGCCGGUGCUCGCCGUGCUGCUGCUCCUGGCGCUGCCGCUCGCCCUCGCCCGCCGCGCCCCCGCCGCCCCGCCGGGCCCCGCUCCGGUACGGCCGUCGGGGAUGCCCGGCCCGGAGCCGCUGCCGUGGAGCCCCCGCGGCAGCCCCGGGGCCGCCGCCGCCGCCGCCGCGCUGGAGCUGCUGCGGGAGGAAAGCGCCGGUCCCCCCGCGGCGCCGCAGAAGAGAGACAUGCACGAUUUCUUCGUGGGGCUCAUGGGGAAACGAGCGGCGGGGCGGGGGAACGGCAGCCCGGCCCCCCGGUGCUCCCCGGGACCCCCCGCUCCCGGCGAGGCCCCGCUGCGGGCGGCGUGA